CCAGAAAGCGGCCUCGGGGCGGCAGGUGCAGUGCGCCAUGGCCUCGCUCGGGGACCAGGUGCGCACCUGGCAACGGGGCGUGCAGGCCGUGGCGCGCGGGGACUGGCCCGGUGCCCUGCGCCUCUUCCGGGAAGUGCCCUGGCCUCCGGCUAGGAUGAGCUUCAACGUGGGCUGCGUGCAUUUGCUGGCUGGGGACCCCGAGGCCGCGCUGCGGGCGUUUGAUGAUGCAGUGACUAAGGACCCCUGCCUGGCCAUCGGCUUCCUCCAGCGAGGGGUGGUCAACUUCCAGCUGAAGAGAUUCCAGGAGGCACUGUCUGACUUCCGGAUGGCACAAGCACAACUCAGGGGCAACACGGCCAUUGACUACACACAGCUGGGCCUGCGGUUCAGGCUGCAGGCCUGGGAGGUGACACACAAUGUGGCGGCUGUCCAGUGCCAGCUGGGGCUUUGGGCUGAGGCAGCCAGCAGCUUGACGGAGGCCAUGGCCAAGUGGCCAGAGGGAUCCUCUGACGGCCUGGACAAUGACCUGAGCCAGGUGCAGGCCCGGACCCCACUGCAGCUGAGGCAGGUCCCCAGGGGUGAGGUCUUCCGGCCCCACAAGCGUUACCUGGAGCAUCUAGAGCCUGUGGAGUUCCUGGGCAAGCCCAAGGUGGUGGCCUCGCAGGAGAGCCCUGGUCCAGAUGUGCAGCCUCCACAGCCACAGCUGGGCCCUCAGGACCGUCCACUGCCAAGGGAAGGAAGACCUGUGGAUGCUGUGAGCCCGCUCAACUCCCCCCAUACACACUACACUGGGACAGGGUUGGGGGGGCUCCAGGUGCAGCAGGCUGACAAGCAGCUUCCUCGGCCCAUAGAGCUGCCCUCCCCGCCACCCUGCCUCGCAGCUUCCAGUCACGCCGAGGGAGGGGCCGCUGCAGCCUCAGCCGCCCCCUUCUGCCUGGCCCAGGGCGCUGCUAAGGAAGACCUCGAGAACCUGGUGCCAGUCACCGUGCAGUGUGUCUUCACCGUGGCGCUGAGGGUCCCACGGGGAGCUGACCUGUCCAGCCUGCGGGCCCUGCUGGGUCAGGCCCUCCCAUCCCAGGCCCAGCUGGGCCAGUUCAGCUGCCCAGCCCCAGGUGAUGCCAGCUCCUGGGUACCCAUCUACGGGGAGGAGUCGCUGUGGAAGGCAUGGCAGGCGGCCGGCCCCGGGGGACUGCGGCUCCAGUGCAAGGGCGCCGGGGGCCGGCCCGUGCUCUACCAGGUGGUGGCCCAGCACCGCUAUGCAGCCCAGGGCCCUGAGGACCUGGACCUACUGCCCGGGGACAAGGUGGAUGUCCUCUGUGAAGUGGACGAGGCCUGGUUGGAGGGACACCGCGAUGGCCACAUUGGUAUCUUCCCAACCUGCUUCGUGGUGCCAGCUGGCGGGCGCCUCUGAGGAGCCGAGGGGCAAAAGCAGUGUGAAUAAAAACUCGGUCUGGGGCA